AUACAUUGCCCUGCAAUAUUCCCGACAACACGGCUGCGGCCUUGCGGGUAUCGGCCAAACCAGACGUUCCUCCGCUUCCACUACUACAGAUCUCUCUCACUCCCACGUAACAAUGGAACAUUAACCAACCAUGGCUCCCAAAUUCACACCACCUCUCUUCAAAUUCCUCCUCAUCCCGACAUGCCUCCUUAUCGUCCUCUACUCCACCCUCCUCCCUCUCCUCUCCCCUCCUCCACCCAAACCCCAACCCUCCAACCACCCAAUCCCCUCCCCCUGCAACCUCUUCAACGGCCGCUGGGAAACCGACCCAAAUCGAAAACCCACGUACGACGACACCUGCCCUUUCCAAAGGAACGCCUGGAACUGCCUGAGGAACGGGAGAGAGAAGAUGGGUCGGAUCAAUUCGUGGAAAUGGGUCCCCGAAAAGUGCGAUUUGCCGCGGGUUGAUGCGCUAGGGUUUCUGGGUUUGAUGAGGGGUAAGAGGAUUGGGUUCGUUGGGGACUCGUUGAAUGAGAAUUUCUUGGUGGCGUUUCUUUGUGUGCUUAGGGGUGCUGAUUUGGGUGCGAAGAAGUGGAAGAGGAAGGGGGCUUGGAAGGGGGGUUAUUUUCCCCGGUUCAAUGUUACGGUGGCAUACCAUCGCGCUGUGUUGCUUGCGAAAUACGAGUGGCAGCCAACACAGUCAGCGGUAUCUAAUCACAACGGGUUGAAGGGAAUAUAUCGUGUAGAUGUUGAUAUUCCGGCUGAUGACUGGGCUGACAUCACCGACUUCUACGAUGUCCUUGUUUUUAAUACCGGCCAUUGGUGGGGUUAUGACAAGUUCCCAAAAGAGACACCUCUUGUUUUCUAUAACGCCGGGCGACCCAUAGUUCCACCCCUUCAGAUGCGGGAUGGACUUAAAGCUGUCCUUGAGAAUAUGGUUCCUUAUAUCCAAAAAGCAUUUCCAAGAAAGACCGUCAAGUUCUGGCGCUUGCAAUCCCCAAGGCACUUUCAUGGUGGCGAGUGGAAUCAAAAUGGUAGUUGCUUGUUCAAUGAGCCCCUUGAGGAACUCCAGCUUGACUUGUGGUUUGAUCCGAGCAACAAUGGAGCAAACAAAGAAGCAAGACAACUGAAUGAACUAAUUGGAGAGGUUUUGCAAGGCACUGAUAUUCAAUUACUUGAUUUCACUCAUUUGAGUGAGUUUAGAGCAGAUGCCCACCCAGCAAUUUGGUUGGGAAAGAAGGAUGCAGUGGCAAUCUGGGGUCAGGACUGCAUGCACUGGUGCCUACCGGGUGUCCCAGACACAUGGGUCGAUAUUCUGUCACUAUUAAUCCGUCAAAGACUAGAGACCGGGUGAUGUCUUUGAAAUGCAUAUUGGGGAAUUUUUGUUUUGCAAAAUUCAUCAGUUUCAUAAAUUCGAUCAGGGAUUUUCCAUUUCACAAUUCGGGCAGAUCAGGAGAAACGAAAUUCCCGAGCAGUGAGCAAGAUGGGGAUUCGGUUGGCAGACUACUGAGACAUUGCAACGGUGAUGUUUCUCAGUCAAUUUGAAUUUUGCUCCAGGGGGUUGGUUAAUGUCUAUUUGGUGGCAGAAUGGAACGGCGUAGGACAUCAACCAAUGUGGCUACAAUCCAUAUUUGGCUGAUACAGAAUAGCUAUGGAGUUGAAUUAUGUGGUUUUUGGAUUUUAGGCAACUUUCGGAUGUCAUCAUUACAUCACAUCCUACAUACGAACAAGUCUCUUUUCAUUACAAAUGGCAUACGGUUGCCUGAAGAACAAAGAAAUUCUUCUUGGUUUUGUGUUAUUAAAGAUUCGUUGAGAGGUGUAAUUUUUUAUUUUCCGUUUCUUUAUGUUUCAUUUGUGUGUAUC